CCUGGGGGUGUGCGGGGCUGCGGCCGCGGUGGCAGCAGCAGCGGCGGCGGCGGCGGCGAGAGCGGCGAGUCGGGGCCGCCCGGGCUGCGCUUCGCCCUGGCAGCAGCGGCGGCCGCGCCUGGGGCUCAGGAUGCGGCCGGGGGGCGCGCUGCUCGCCCUGCUCGCCAGCCUGCUGCUGCUGCUGCUGCUGCGCCUGCUCUGGUGCCCGAACGACGCGCCCGCCGGCUCCAGGCUCUCGGUGGAGGAAAGCAGGGAGGCCACCCACGGCACCCCCGCGGCGCUGAGGACCCUCCGGAGCCCCGCGACCCUGGCACCGCGCACCACGAACGGCACAUAUCUGAAUGAGAAAUCACUCCUGCUGACAGAGAAAUGCAAGAAUCUGUUAUAUGGCGUUAAGUCUUUGUCUAACAAAACAAAACGGUAUUCGGAAGAUGACUACCUUAAGAUUAUCGCAAAUAUACAGAGCUGUCCAUGGAAACGACAAGCAGAAGAAUAUGCAAAUUUUAGAGCGAAACUUGCUUCCUGUUGUGAUGCCGUUCAAAACUUUGUUGUUUCUCAAAAUAAUACUCCAGUUGGGACUAAUAUGAGUUACGAGGUGGAAAGUAAAAAACACAUCCCAAUUAGGGAGAGUAUUUUUCAUAUGUUUCCAGUGUCGCAGCCUUUUGUGGGGUACCCUUAUAAUCAGUGUGCGGUGGUUGGAAAUGGGGGUAUUCUCAAUAAGUCUCUCUGCGGAGCUGAAAUAGACAAAUCCGACUUCGUUUUUAGAUGUAACCUUCCCCCAACCACAGGGGCUGUUAGUAAAGAUGUUGGAAGCAAAACAAAUCUUGUGACUGUCAACCCCAGUAUCAUAACACUAAAAUAUGGGAACUUAAUGGAAAAGAAAGCAAUAUUUCUGGAGGACAUUGCAACCUAUGGAGACGCAUUUCUUCUUCUGCCAGCAUUUUCUUUCAGGGCCAACACUGGUGUUUCUUUUAAAGUGUACUACACACUCAGAGACUCUAAAGCAAGACAAAAGGUUCUAUUUUUCCAUCCCAAGUACCUGAAGCAUCUGGCCCUUUUCUGGCGAACUAAAGGUGUGACCGCAUACCGCUUGUCCACCGGUUUGAUGAUCGCAAGUGUCGCGGUGGAACUGUGUGAAAACGUGAAGCUUUACGGAUUUUGGCCCUUCUCUAAAACUAUGGAAGACACACCCGUCAGCCAUCACUACUAUGACAACACGUUACCUAAACGCGGUUUCCAUCAGAUGCCCAAAGAAUAUAGCCAGAUCCUCCAACUGCAUGUCAAAGGAAUACUCAAACUACAAUUUAGCAAAUGUGAAAUAGCCUAAACGAAAUGUCUUAGAAUGGGGAUACUUUUAAUAAAAUGUGGUAGGAAUGUUUCCAUACACUAAAGGAUGUGGUAAUAGAGUAUCAUAGGAAAAGCCCAAAAUUUGGUUUGACCAAAGCUCCCCAAAUAACUUUGCAACCUCAGAAAAUCAUUCAAUUGUUCUGAUCUUCAGUUUCCUUCCCUGUGAAAUGGGGAUCAUGAUAUCUGACUCAUGCAAUUAAAAUGUGAUAAUUUGUGAAAAUUCUUGGCAUAAUGUUUGGCGUGAGGUAGGGACUCAAUGAAUUGGUUUUUGGGGUUUUUUGUCACUAUUUAUAACAGCCAUUUCUACCCUCAACACGCUGAUAAUAAAAGGCAUGCCAUCUUGGAUACACUUUCUGAAGAGAGCAGCUGAAUUGCCAAUAUUCAUUUUGUUUCUUUCUCUGGCAGAUUUUUCUUAAUUAAUAAUAUCCUUCCCAUUUUUCCUUCUGACUUAAAGAAAGCAUACAAGAAAAUUGUGUACUUCAAUAAGAAAUCCUUGGUCAUUCAGGAAUGAAAUUCUUCUCUGUGCACAGUGAUUGUAAUAUUAGUUGCAAUGAUGUUGGAUUCGGGCCACUUCUUUUCCUCCUUUAUCUACAUUUUUUCAUUGCUUUUUACAAUUGUGUAUUAAUGUUCCUCCUUACUCUUAGAUCUUUUUCUCCCCCACUGAUGGCAUGUGCUUCAAGUAUAUGAGCAAUGACAAUAAUCUGGCCUUUCUUACCUGUUGUCUUGUCUAUGAAGUCACUCAUUCAAUUUAUUUAGUUUUUUAAAUUAUUGAAUAGCUACUUAAUGCCAGGCCCGGUACUAGGAUCUAUGAGAGUGGUAUAAAGAUGAUAACUACCUCUAGCAGGAGGAAGCAGAUAGGCAUAUCACUAAUUAUAUUAGGAUAUAAUAAGUAUUAUAAUGACAAAAGUUAUAAGUAGAGUGCUAGGAGGAACAGAAGCAGAGAUAAUUAAAUCUAUUUCAGUGGAAUCUAUUUCAACAUACAGUGGCUUUCUCUUAUCCAAGAACCCCAGUGGAUGCCUGGAACCACAGAUAGU